UCCAAGCACGAGCUCUCCCCAACCCCGACCGCUGCAUCUCCUAGCACUAGCAGGCCCCAUCGCCGUCGCCGCCGCCGGCGCCGCCGCUGGUCCUCGCCGAGGAGAAGGCGUCAGGUCGAUCUCCGCGAGGACUCCCUCUCUCGCACGAAUGUGCAUUCUUCUUCUGAUGCUAUUUUUUCUGCAACAUUCCUCUGGAGCAGUUCUCCCUUGAAUCUGGAUCAGCAGCUUGAACUAGAGUGAGCUGAAGCUGAAAGAAGCCAGCUUAGUCCAAUCGACCCAAGAAGAGCUCGGUUUCCUUGUUGCAUAGUGUGGACUCCCAUACCCUUCAUCACAUGGCUGAUGCCAUUUAUCGGUCACAUUGGCAUUUGCAGAGAAGAUGGUGUAAUCUUGGACUUUGCCGGUCCAAAUUUCGUGUCAGUUGACAACUUUGCCUUUGGAGCUGUUACACGCUAUAUCCAAUUAAAUGGUGAUGAGUGCUAUAAACUUCUCGACACCGGCGCAGAGACGACAUGGGAUGGUGCUCUGAGGAAAGGCGUGCAGGAGUUUCAGAACAGGAACUACAACCUGUUCACCUGCAACUGUCACUCCUUCGUCGCCAACAACCUGAACCGGCUCUUCUACGCCGGCCACGACAAGUGGAACGUGGUGAGCCUGGCCGCGGUGAUGUUCCUACGGGGCCGCUGGGUGAGCGCGGGGGCCGCGGUGAAGACCCUGGCGCCAUUCGUUGUGGUGCUUGCCCUUGGGGUUCUCCUCGGCGGCACGGCGUUCUUGCUCGGCCUCCUCGCCUUCGCCGCCGUCAUGACCGGGUGGUUCCUCGUGGGCACCUACUGCAUCAAGGGCCUUGUGGAGCUGUAGCUGCAGCACACCGGGCUUGAGUUUGGAUUGGGGACUUGGGGGGUCUCCUUGUGAUUCCUUGUGCCUUCUUGUAACCUUGUCUUUAACUUGUGCAUCUUCUCAUAACCUUGUACAUCUAACAGUAAUCGUGCUGCAAUUAAUGUUGAUUCCAAGAUUAAUUGCAAUUAAUGUAAUUGAUGUUGUUUCCAAAUCAGGAUUAAUGUAAUUAAUGUUGUUUCCAGAU